GGCAAAGAGUAGUAGUCCGUACCCUCCUUUGAGCUUAUUGGUGCACAAAUCAAUGGAAGAUAGAAACGGAAUUGAGUUUCUUUUCAACAAAACUAUUUUAAUUACAGGCGCAACUGGCUUCCUUGCAAAAGUGAUCGUGGAGAAGAUACUUCGCGUUCAACCAAAUGUGAAGAAAUUGUAUCUUCUUAUAAGAGCCAAGGAUCACAACUCAGCACUUGAAAGACUUCAUUCCGAGAUCACAGGGAAGGAAUUGUUUAAAGUACUAAGAGAAAGAUAUGGUGCGAAAUUUGAUUCCUUCAUUUCUGAAAAAGUGGCUCCAAUUACUGGGGACACGUCAUUAAUUAAUUUGAGUUUAAGGGGUGAUAAUAGCAAUAUUAAUAAGGAUAUCGAUGUUAUCAUUCAUGCAGCCGCAACUACAAGAUUUGAGGAGAGGUAUGAUGUGGCUUUGGGAAUCAACACUUUUGGAGCUAAAAAUAUCAUUCACUUCGCCCAAACAUGCCCCAAUUUGCAAAUUAUUGUCGAUGUUUCAACUGCUUAUGUUUGCGGAGAGAAGGUCGGACUUAUUCCAGAAACACCCCAAAAGAUGGAUAUAGUUGGGUUUAACAUUGAUAUUGAAAAGAAGUUGGUUGACAAGACCUUGACUCAUCUCAUAGGCAAGAAAGUUUCCACUAAAGAAAUUCGUGAUACCAUGAGACGUUUGGGCCAAAAAAGGGCGGAAUUGUACGGAUGGCCUAAUACUUACGUAUUUACAAAAGCAAUGGGUGAGAAACUUAUUUGGGAGUACAAAGAAAAUUUAUCAGUGGUCAUUAUUCGCCCUACCAUGAUUAGCAGUACUUACAAAGAACCCUUUCCCGGAUGGGUUGAAGGUGUUGGAAGUGUAGCUACUGUUUCUAUUGUAUAUGGCAAAGGACUUGUUCGUUUUACCUACGGUGAUGAUAACACUAUCUUUGAUUUGAUUCCGACUGAUAUGGUGGUAAAUUCGAUAGUUAUGGCAAUGAUGGCAAAUGCGAAUAAACAUUGUUUAAAAAUUUAUCAUGUGGGAUCUUCUUUGAGAAACCCUUUACCUUUUCGUAAACUACUUGACAUCAAUUAUCAAUACUUUUCCAACAACCCUUGGAUUGAUGGUCAAGGAAUGUUGGUGAAGAUUAGUAAGGCCAUUUUGGUGAAGAGACGACUUCAUUCUCAAAUCCUUUUUCUUCUAUUUAUCAUUGUGUUCAUGAUUUUAAAAUUAGUGGAUAAAGCAUCAUGCCAUUAUUACAGGCUCAUUCAAGAUAAACUUUUGCAGAUAAAAGUUACAUAUAAAAUUUGGAAAACUUUCAAGCCAUAUACGUCAUUUGCCGGCAUCUUUGAUGACGAGAACACUGAGAAGCUAAGGACAACAUUGUGCAAAAAUGGCGAAGGUGAAGAGGUUUUCAACUUUGAUCCAAAGUGCAUUAAUUGGGAAGAUUAUCUUCUCAACAAUCACAUUCCAGCAACGGUCAAAUACCUGUUUUAAUGCUUUCUGGCCUUUUUCUAGCUUCGGCUACAAUGUACAAUCAAUAAUAUUAUCUUUAAACUCUUGCGAUUGUAUUAUAAUAAUGGCCAGCUAAAUAGCUAAUAUCCUUGUA